AUGCUCAGCGAAAAAUGUAAGUGCAAGGAGUUAGACAAAAACUAUGAUGUUAUAGUUAUAGGGGGAGGACACAGUGGCUGCGAGGCCAGCCACAUAAGUGCAAAAUUGAAAGCGAAAACUUUGCUAAUAACUCAGUGUAAGGAUAGCAUCGGGGAAAUGUCCUGCAACCCAUCCAUUGGAGGAAUCGGCAAAGGAAUUCUGGUGAAAGAAAUUGAUGCGCUAGGUGGACUCAUGGGGAAAGUCAUAGAUAAAAGUGGCAUACAUUUUAAAAUAUUAAAUGUAAGAAAAGGCCUGGCUGUUAGGGGACACAGAGCACAAGCGGAUAGGGAUCUCUACAACUAUCAUAUGAAGGAGCACAUGAAUGGUACGAAACAUUUGCACAUCUUAGAGAGCACAGUGCAGUCCUUGUUAAUGGAAAAUUUUACAAGUGGUGCUGCCCUCAGUGGAAGGCGCGUCUAUGGAGUGAAAAACAAAUGCGCGUGUGAAUUUUACGCGAACAGUGUGGUCCUCACCACGGGGACGUUUCUGGGAGGCGUGUGUCACAUAGGGAAGGAGAAGUACCACGGGGGGAGGAUCAAACGGAUGUCCAGGGGGGUCCAGUGGCAGGGGGGGACACAAAGGGGGGAAAUGUCCCCCAGUGGGGUGAACGCGCCAACGGGUGAAGACGUCACCAGGAUGAACGCCCCACGCAAAUGUCCGACAGACAAGUGGACCCCCCCCCCUACCGACGGAAUGACCUAUACCAGCCAUGAAAACCUAGAAAAACAUAACAGCGCCAUUUUUGACCAACUGGUGGAAUCGUCCACGCAAAGCAUUUCGAACCAGUUGAGGGCAAACCAGUUUGAGAUAAAGAGAAUGAAAACUGGAACGCCCCCGAGGUUACACAUCAACAGCAUUGACUUUACCUCUCUGGAAAGGGAAGAUAGUGAAACAGAAAACCCAUUUUAUUUCUCCUUUUUAAACAGUAACAAGGUUAAUAGGAACAAAACAUUACCUUGCUAUAAAACGUACACAAAUGAAAGAACCCAUGAGUUGGUUAGAACCCAUUUGAACCAGCUGCCCGAUUUUGACUGCUACGAUAAACUGGGCAAUGGACCCAGAUACUGCCCCUCUAUAGCAAAGAAGGUCACAAAAUUUGCGGAAAAAAAUAAACACAUAAUCUGGUUAGAGCCAGAAGGAUUUCAUGAUGUACUCAUAUACCCAAAUGGCUUAAGUUCUGCCUUCCCUAUACAUACACAGAAAGAGAUUGUGAACUCCAUCAGGGGGUUAGAAAAUGCAAAAAUUAUUUUCCCUGCCUACGAUGUGGAAUAUUAUUAUGUGAACCCUAAGUGUUUGAAUUAUACAUUAGAGACGAAGAACAUCAAGGGUCUUUUUCUCGCUGGACAAAUUUGCGGAACAACCGGAUAUGAGGAAGCAGCUUGUCAGGGUAUUGUCGCAGGGAUUAAUGCAGCAAUAGCUGCCCGUAGUACAGCAGAUGGGGAGAGGAACGAAGAGCCAUUUAUUUUGAAGCGAAAUGAAAGCUAUAUAGGGGUUCUCAUUCACGAUUUAAUAAACAAAGGCAUAACGGAGCCUUAUAGAAUGUUUACAUCCAGGGCUGAGUACAGACUCUAUCUGAGACCAGACAAUUGCGACAUGAGACUUACACCCAUGGCGCAUAAAUUGGGAAUAGUGUCCGACGAGAGGAUGUAUAUACUGAAGCAGAAAUAUGCCUCCGUCAAUAAGCUUAUUUGUCUCUUUAAGAAGAUACAGCUGAGUGGUGCGCUCGAAGAGGAGAAGAAAACACCCCCAAGUGAUUCAUGUGAUAAAGAUGCAGAACAUAUGUUUGUAAAGAAUUCCGUUGAGGCAUUCCAGCCUGAUGGUAAAAACAAUGUUCAUCUCGAAGUCACCUCUCGCAAGGGAAACAUAAACACCUUAUAUACAAUUUUCAGAAGUGGAGUGGAAUACUCUCUACAUAUUUUACUCAACAAACUACGGGAGGUGCACGAUUGGAAUAAAUUACUGAGUUCAGUUUUGCCUGAACAAAAUAAUGUCCCCAUUUAUAUGGACAAAAUGCAGCAGUGCGGAUUAUCGCUUGACCAGAGUAGCGACCUACUUCUGAACUCUGCCACGUUGGAAACUGCCUGUGCCGAGGUGAAGUACUCCCCCUACUUGACAAAACAGAUUAGAGAGGUGGACAAAAUUAGGCACAGCUUUGACUUGGCCAUCCCGCCCGAGGUUACCUACGACAGGCUUAACUUCCCCUACCUGUCCAACGAAGAAAUUGAAAAACUGAACAAAUUCAGACCGCAGACUUUGCACGAGGCCAACCGAAUUGAAGGCGUGACCAUGAGCGCCAUUUAUUAUUUGUAUUACUACAUAAAAGGGGAGAAACAUAGGGUUAAAAGAUAG